AUGAAAUCUAUAUUUGUGAUUUCUUUAUUGAUAUAUUUGAUAGCCUCAUAAGAGAACUGUAGAUUUGCAUUUGAGUACACUUAAAAAGAAUUAUAAUCUGAUCCAAAGAAAAUAUAAGAGUUUCUUUAAAAAGUGAUGAAAUGGGAAUCAAAUUUUGCAAAGAAUUUGGGAAUUGAUAAAAAAUCAGGUUUAACAUUAGAUGGAUAACAAUUGGAUGUAAAUAGUGGUAUGCCUUAUGGUGCAGCCCAUCAAUUUACAGCUUCCUCUAAGGAAUCAAUUCAUUUGGCAUUACUUGGAUUAGCUUUAUCAAAUAAUGCAUAUGCUAGUUAGAUUUACACAGAAGAGGAAGCAUUAGACUUAUUGAAUAGAAAGAUUAAUACAUAUGAAUAAUUUGAUAAAGAAUAUCCAGGUUAUGGAGGAUUCUUACCAUGGGUGGCAGUGAAUGAUGGAAUAGUUACUCCAACUUGGGAUUGGACUGAUGGAGUACCUUCAUUAGAUAAUGGUUAAUUAUUUUGGGCUGCAUAUGCAGUUGUAUCUGUUUUAGAAACUUGGUAUUCUGAUCAAGAUGAUUUGAUUGAAAGAUAUACAAGAUUUUAUUAAAAGAUGGCUACUAAUUCUAUAACAAUAUUUUAUGAGGGAAAUGGAUUAAUAAGAGCUGUUACUAGAAUAUAAGAUAUUAAGGCAAGUGUUGAAAAUAAUUAAUAUACAAAUAGAUAAACAGAUUGUACUAAUUUUAGAAGUCCUUGUUACUUAGAUGAUCCUUACGAAGGAGAAUUAUUUGCAUGGAUGAUGUAUUUUUAUGCUCCAUGGUAAGAUUAAACAGAAAGAGAGAAAAUUUGGGUUGCAAAAAGAGCUAAGUUAUAAGUUGUCGAUUAUAAAGUAGCUGGAUUAAAUAAAUACAUCUCUGUUCAAAGAGGAUGGUGGUUUUCAGCACAUGAAUAAUGGAAGUAUCUAUUCUUACCUUAUACUCAUGAUCAAAUAUAAUUGAAUUUAUUAAUAAAUGCUGAAAAAGUUAGAACAUGGGAUGCUAGAAACAAUGGUAAGCCUGGUAUGUUUGCUUCCAUCACCAGUAAUAUUACAAGAAAUGAAGAUCCUGUUGAUUAUUAUAGUGCAUGUGGAAUUGCUGAAGUCUCUUUUAUUCCUGUUGCCUAUAGACAUUUAGUGACACCCUAUUCGACAAUGACUAUGUUUUUGGCUAAUUAAGAAGUUGCUGUCUCAUGGUAUCAUAACAUGAUAUCAGGACCAGCUGGAUAGAAUGUCUUUGGAAGUACAGAAGGAGUGGUUGUUGAUGGAACUUCAGUAGCACCCUUCGUUACUUGGGAUAGUAAAAUGACCACAGUUCUAGGAAUGGCAGGAGGCAUCUUUGAUUAUACAGCCAAGAAAUUGAAUUCUGAAGGAAAUUACAAUUAAUUCCUCAAAGUUUUGAAUCGAGAAUGGCAACAAUCAUUCUCCAAUCUUAAAGGUGCUGAUGUUCCUUUUGCUUAUCCAAAUGUCACCUUCCCAGAAAUGAGAAAGGAUUUCACAACUUGUACAAGAAAAACAUAAUUGAUUGAACAAUGAAUACAC